AUGGCCUACAUUGCGUUGCCUUCUGAUGAGCUUCAUGGCGGCUCGGCCAAGAAGAUGAGGCUUAGACACCAGGAGUCGGUCAACAUGGGAGACGCCUUACAUGUCCUUGACGCAGACCUGAAAAUCCUCAGCCGCUUGCUGGCACAUUGUGACUGGCUGGAUGCUGGAGUGGUUGCCGGAGACGCCGUAGAUCAGGCUCUGGAUCCAGGAUGGGCUUCAGGGCCAUCUAAGCGCGCGUGUGCGCACAGCUACCUGAAAUGGGAGACUUAG